AUGCCGGUUUUUUCUUUUUUAUGUCACUGUUUUUCCACUGAUGGAACUGAAAAGAAAAACAGCACUUCACUAACAAGAGAUUUUGAGAAGGGUAGCAAUUUGGUGGCAGUGAGUUCUGAGAAGCCGGUUAGCAAUGAUGAGAUGGUGUCUGUGGAUUCUAAGGUUUCAGGCAGACGUAAGAAAUCAGUUUCUGUAAAUGUGGUUUCUGAGUUACCAAGUAGUCAUGGUGGUCAGUCAUUGUUAAUUGAUUCCGAGCUGCAAAACAACCAAUGUAGCAUUAGUGACUGUGAGAUCUACAAGUAUUCUGAACUUGAAAAAGCUACCAAUAACUUUGAUGCUAGUAGAAUACUUGGCAGUGGAGGCUAUGGCACAGUUUACUCUGGAACACUUAAAGACGGGCAACUUGUUGCAGUCAAGCGCUUACACAAAGACAAGUUCAAGAUCUUAAAGUUACAUGAUAAGAAGCUUGAGGAGGAGACACUAAGAAAGUUCAUAAAUGAAGUUUCUAUGUUAACUCGCAUGAGGCAUGAAAAUCUUGUCCAACUCUAUGGCUGCACCUCUCCUCAAACCCAAGAACUACUUCUCGUGCAAGAAUAUGUUCCCAAUGGAACUGUGGCUCGUCGUCUUCAUAAAGACACCUUCCCAUGGUCUACUCGAUUAAAUGUUGCAUUACAAACUUCAAGUGCAUUGGCUUAUCUUCAUGCUUGCAAUAUUAUUCACCGCGACGUGAAAACCAGUAAUAUUCUACUUGACGAAAGUUUGAAUGCUAAAGUUGCGGACUUUGGGUUGUCACGAAUUGUCCCGUACGGGGCUACUCACGUUACAACCGAUCCUGCUGGAACUCCGGGUUAUAUUGAUCCCGAGUAUUAUGAACAUUGUCAUCUAUCGGAUAAAAGUGACGUGUACAGCUUCGGAGUGAUAUUGGUCGAGUUAAUAUCAUCUUUGCCUGCAUAUAACGAGGAUGAAAAACAGCCUUUUCUUUCAGAUUUUGCUAUGGAUCACAUUCUUAAAGGACAACUCGGGAAGCUUGUCGAUCCGAAUCUUGGAUUUCAAUCAGACAAUUGGGUAAGUGAAACGGUAAGUGCGGUGGCAGAAUUGGCUUUUGGCUGUUUACACCUUCAAAGAGAUAUGAGACCUUCCAUGAGUGAGGUGUUGAAUACUCUUGAAAGCAUUAAAAGUGGAAGCUCUCAAAAAGCUCUUAAAUGGGAUUCAAAUAAUUGUUAUAAUGCUACCAAAGUUCACAUUGUGUCACGUUUACCUGAUGAUUAUUUUGAAAAUAAAUAA